UCAUCUUUAGCGUUCGUAUGUGUACGUAUCACCGGUUCGGCCAUCGCACAUCCACAUCAGGAAACCGCACGGCGUUCCCCCACAAUGCCACCAACAGCGGUGGGAAGCGGCUCUCUUCUCUUCCACACACACAGUGUUAUAGGGCCUAUAUAGACCUCUCUCCUCGACUCCUGCAGAUGAUGCCAAAGCCCUCAUCACCUUCUCUCUUCGCCGACGGGAAUCCCAUCCCAAUCGCUGACUCCCUCGCCCUUUGUUUCAGGCAUACACUGGAUUGCUGUAUGAGUUUGCAUGUGAGCUACAAGCUAAAAGGUCACGCUCGCAAGGACCAAAUUAGAGGUACACCUUGGUCUGCAUGGAUUGUCUGGUGACCUGCAUCUUCAUUCUUCGAUUCAUGUCUCUGUUGGAACCUUGAACCAGGCCUUCAUCCAAGGAGAGCCAUGAAGCAAGAUCUACCUGCUGCUGAUAACAAGACCUCCUCGCCGGUCCUGCCUGCAGCUCGAGCCAGAACUCCCAGAAUGAAGGAGACUCCAAGAGUGGAUUCAGCAAAUGGGGGCUCGCCAGGGUUGAAGGCGAGGCCAAAGCCUGCUUCUGUGGAUGCAAGCGGCACCAACGUGGCUAGGAAAUCCAUCUUAUUCAACAAGCUGAGGCCAGCCAUCAAUGGCGUUGGGGAUCCAAAAGAAAGGAACCGUGAGGAAGCAAAGGUCGUUGGAAGCCACGAUGUCGAGCAGUAUGCUCGGUUGCGGAGGAGGGCAGAUACAAGUUGCAGGGGAUCCGAAGAUGGAGCCAGUACAAAGAUGAGAGAGUUGCAGACCAGACUUGAUGAGAGUGAGAGACUGUUAAGGGAUUCGCAGUCUGAGGUGUUGGCACUGAGAGCUCAGAUAGAGAAGCUGCAGGUCUUAAAUGUUGAAUUGGAGUCACAGAAAAAGAAGCUGGAGGAAAGUCUCUCUGCUGCUGAAGCAAAGAUCAAAGUUCUAGAGAAGCAUGAUCAGGUGGAAUCAGUCAUCAAGUCUGGAUUUAGUAAUGUGAUGGAGGUUGUUCAGAAGAAGUCACAGAAUGUUAAAGAUAAAAUUCAGUUUUCAGUACUGAAACCUCCCACCAAAGCUGUAGGGGUCCAAUCAAAAGCUCUGGUCAAGAAGCCUGUUCCACCAUUGCCAACUUCUCAAGCCCCCAUUGCUGGGCCACCUCCACCACCCCCUCCACCUCCUCAUGCUGCAGGAAGAUCAAAUGCAAUGCAUAAGCCUUCUGCAUUAGUUGAAUUGUACCAUUCAUUAAGCAAGCGAGACGGAAAGCAAGGCUCUAUGGUUAAUGGGGGUGCCAGUCCUCUUUCAAACAAUGCACGUAACAGCAUUGUCGGGGAACUUCAAAGUCGAUCGUCUCAUUUAUUAGCGAUUAAAUCGGAUGUGGAAACAAAAGGGCACCUCAUCAAACAUCUUAUGGAGAAGGUGCUAUCAGCAUCUUUCAGUAAUAUGGAAGAUGCCCUGAAUUUUGUUGACUGGCUUGAUGGAGAGCUCUCCACCUUGGCUGACGAGAGCGCUGUUCUGAAGCAUUUUGACUGGCCCGAAAGGAAAGCUGAUGCACUGCGUGAAGCUGCAUUUGAAUUCCGUGAUCUUAAGCGGAUAGAAGCUGAAGCUGCUUCUUUUAAGGAUGACACCUCCUUACCAUGUGAGGCCACACUAAAAAGGAUAUCGAACUUGCUAGAUAAGUUGGAGAGAAGCGUGGGUAGAUUGAUUAAGCUGAGGACUGCAAGUAUGCUUUUAUAUAGGGAUUGCAGAAUUCCGACUGAUUGGAUGCUCGAUUCUGGGAUGAUUAGCAAGAUGAAGCAGGUUUCUGUGAAGCUUGCAAAAGUUUACAUGAGGAGGGUGUCGAUGGAGCUUGAAUCAGUUUGGCAUUCAGAAAGGGAGUCAGCACAAGAGGCACUUUUAUACGAGGGGGUGCGUUUUGCUUACAGAGCACACCAGUUUGCAGGAGGGCUUGAUUCCGAAACUAUGUUCAUCUUUGAGGAGUUAAAAACGCGGGUCGAAUCGCAAUGCAGAGGACAGUAGAGCAACUUCAUAGUAUUACUUACAGUCAGGAUGUUAAAGCUGGUAGCCAAGGUGGAACCAGGUUCAACAUCAUGUAACUGUUGGAUUGAGGUCAAUCCUCUCAGAAUAAGGUUUAUAUAGUAGUGAUCCAACUUAACUGAGAACAUCUUGCUGCACAUCCCAUCUCAACUAAAGUUUAUGGCAUGCUCCCUCACAAUUGACCCAAAGAUGACUCCAGAAGUGUUAUUGAGUCUUCUCAAGCUAUGGACAGAACAAACACAAUGUAAUUGACUGCACACAUGGAUGAGCUUUUCACAGUGUAUUUUCCAUAUGUAUAUUAGUUUCUCAGCUUUGUGGAAUCUGUGAACUUCUUCUUGCUGAUGUA